AGUAUGAUUGGGCGCAACACAAAAAGUCAGUACAAAAACUUGGUCUUUUCAUAAGUUUAGCAAUAUUUGUGUUCUUGCAUUUCUGUUAAGAAUCUGUUUUGAAAUUUUUUCUCAGAAUGUCUAUUAAUCUUUGCUUUGUAAGUGAAUUCGUUGGUAGCAAGUUUUGUCAUUAUUACGGCUCGUAUGGGACAACUUUUGCAACCUCAGAGCAUGUGAUUUUCUUUACUAGCCUGACAUUCUACUAACACAGCCUAAUUGACAUCCUUCCAUCUCAUUUAUUCCUUUUCAGAUGCAACUCUAUGCGAUGAUGCAAAUUUCAGACGCAAGAAAAUAUUAACAUUCGAAAAAGCAGCCCAUUUUUUUUAACUAUGCAGAGAGGAAAAUAAAUAAACAUUUCCACAUCUUAGUAUGAAACGUUUUCUAAAAAAUGUGCGGAAUUGUUAUUUGCUAUCAGAUAGCCGAAAAUAGUUAAAAUGUUUUUGUCCAAAGUAUGUAUGAAUUAUUUUAUACGAUUUAUAUAGACGAUGGAUCGGACAGGGAUGUCCCCGCCCAGUCUGUGAUUGAUAUUUCCAGUUCUAGUUUACAAAUUAACCAUUCACUGUUUUUCAAUGCUAAAUUGAUUUGACAUUGAGCACACGUUUUUAAAUUAAUUUCCUUAGCAAAAAUUUCAGUUAAAAACUAAUCAAAUAAUAAUUAAGUACGUUUCCAACAUAAAAAUGAAGUUUUAUAAAUUGAGAUAAAUUACAAGUGCUGAGCUCAGAAUAGAAAUAGAAGACGAUCAAAAGCAUAUAAAGAUUUUUCAAACAUGAGCAUACAAGUGCUUUAUUUAAUUAAUACUUCAAGCUCAAUUACUUUACUUCAUGCAAUUUCCUGAAGCUGGAAUAUAUGUUUAAGUUAAUGUUGUAUCUAAACACCACAAUUAUUCAAUUAAUAAUCAAUAAAAUUGAUCGUUAUUAUCAGUGCUGAUAUUGAAAUCAAACGAGUUGUUUCUUCUGGUCAAUCAUUUCUUUGUAAGUCAAUUAACGUCGAAGCUUAUAGGCUGUUUUAAAACAAUUUUCCUCUUUUAACAGUUCCCAUUAUUUUCACACACGUCCAAUAAAUCUCACCGUCGUAAAUUUAACGACUAUUUUUACUAUUCUCUAUUUUUAAUCUUUCUCAGUUAUUCUUUUUAACCGUCCAAGCAUUAAAAUAAGAUAUAUACUUGAUUUCCUUUUUAUUGCUACCAGCUGAAUAGUUUAAGGCCUCAGUUACGACUAUGUGAAUGACCCCGAAAAAAAACCUCAAAGACAUUAUUAGUGAAUAGUUGUUUAACUAUAAAAAACACAAGUUUUAUAAGAAUAACAGCAUAUAAUUAUAGGCAGUUGUAUAGUUUACAGCCACUUAAUUAACAAACAUUUCUGUACAUGGUAUCUACUAUUUCACUUGGCAAAGUUCGGCGCAAUUAUUUAUAAACCAAUGCAGAUGAAGCCUUUCGAAAUCAAUGUUUAUUAGUCAGAGAAGUAGUAAAGGCAUUUGGCUGAGAUUUCGGAUGUGUUCAUAUAAGCAGAACUUAACAAUAUUUAAGAUGAACUUCCAUAAAAAAUAUGAAGCAUUUUUUGAGCAAAGCUAUGAAUAUACCAAAUCCUCGUUGCCUUUCGUGAACAAUCUACAAGAGAACUUGAACUCCAGUUUUAGUGUAAGACUAGUGUGGAUGGGUUAAUGAAUAGGAACCUCCAAGAACUUUCCGUUUGAUAAUGAAUUGCCGUAAGCACCAGUGAAGCGAAGCUAUUGAAGUUUGAAAGAUCGUCUAAUAAACGGGGAAAAUAUGACAUUAAAGAAACAGAACAAAAACGGAUGUUAAUUUAUCGCUUAGAUGAACUAAGACCAGAGCUUAACUGUCCUCUACAUAUUAACAAUGCAAUUUCAACGAACAAAAAAUUGCUUUCAAGCGUAAAAGCUGCAUCUCGAAACGAGCAUUAUUUAAAUUUGAUUGCGAAUUCUUUGUGCAUAAUAAAAAUAAUUUCAUGCCGAUCAUUUUGCAUUUUAGCCGGCGUUUAAAUGCCCACCACCUACCUCUCGAUUCCAUCUGAAACUAAAUGGGAAGUUAAAUAUCGUCGGCGAACCCAUACGAAUUCCUGCGAAUUGCAGUCAUUAACAUUUCUUUAAAUGGAAUUUUUAGUAGCUUAGGCGAACCAAAGGCACUUUAGCAGUUUCUUAUCGACAAUUAGGACACUCUUAUCGUGGAUUCGCCAUAUUAUUGACGAGAAGAUUCCAAGAGUAAUUUAGUAAUGGAGUAAAAGGAAAUUGCGAAAAUUUAGAACAUUGCUUGACGAUGUUUAAUUUAUUUACCGGAUCAUAUACUUUGUUUUGCCUUGAAAAUUUGUGCAGACUUUUUGUGGCAAAAGAGCGCUCAUGCUACAAAAAGACCCAGCAUAAAAUCCUUGAUGUUCUAGUCAAAAGUUGCCCUGCAGCUUUGCUUUUGGGUUUUCAUGAAACAAUAGAGAGCUGAUGCGCUGCCAGGAGGAGCCAGAUAAAAGCGCAUUUCCAACUACGAUGCUGUUUAAUCAAAAUGGAGAACAAUGCAACGUCACGUGACCGAAUAGAACAAAGCUCAACAAGAGGGAUGUCACACAAAAGCUCUUCUUUGUCGGAUUCUCCAUCAAAGAUCCGAGUUGGAGACACCAAAGAUUCUACCCCAAUUUCCCCAUUGCGUAUGCCGGACUUACCUCUGCCCACACCUCCUCCAAUGGCGAAUAUCAUCGUAACCUCGCGAAUUGGUUAUAGGAGAAUAUUGGGGGGCAGGGCCAAUGAGUAUCGAUCGCCUAUUUUAGGCAGUAGGAGCCAUAGUAUGGACUUUGGAAGCCGGAUCCCCAGUUUCUCUAGAACGCACGAGCCACUGGGGAGCGACUGGAGAUCGGGCUAUUCAAGAAACGAUGAUGGCAGUAGGCAUAGUUGCUUUGAAGCGCCUGGUGGCAAUAGAAUGAGUAAUGUGAAAAAUCCGGAACUGAGGGAAAACAGGGCCAGUACUGUGGAGUUUAUGUCUCCAAUUUUAACACGAGCCUACUUGUAUCAUCGGGAUAACUUGGAAGAAAGCCAAAGCAAGCAAGUGGCUUCAAAAAAUCAUCAAGCUCUGUUAUCCAACCAGUUGGGAUUAUCGCCUUUGCCCAGGCAUAGAAAUUUCGAGAAUCUUUCCAAACGCUUGGAGGACUUUAGCGAAUAUCCCAUAUACCCUGAAAUGUACACUCUAAGAGAACAGAGCAAAUCCACUCAGGAGCAAAAAAGCAAAUAUUUAUCGCGCGAUUCAGUUCUCUCAAACGAAUUGGAGGAAGUGCGCACAUUAAAUCAAGAACUUCAGAAGAAGUAUGUUGGAAACACUGAAGAUAAGAUCAGCAGGAUUUUGGGAGGCAGCAACUGUGAAACCAGCCCAGACUAUUACAGUGUUUUUUUCAACGAACAUUAUAUCAGCGAUAUUGAUGAAAAUGAGGAAAUCAAGGAGUUUGUAUGCGGCUACAAGGCACCGGAAAGAAGGUACUCCGAUCAGCCGGAACGGACCAUUCAGAAGAGCAAAUCUUCCAGUUUUUGCACCUACCAAUCCAGCACCCUCCCAUUGCCACCGAAAGAAACCCGAGAUAAAAAGUGUUCCAAGCAAAGCAAUACGGCCUCAAAAGCACCAAAGCGCUGCCAGAAGCGCAACCUGGGGCUUCCUCGCACCAGCAGCGAAGAUUUCACCAAAAGCUCGAAACGGACUCAACCAGUAAAAACAAUUUUGAAAAACAGCAAGUUCAGUAGCAGCAGUGAUCGAAUAGCGAUGGAUGUGCGCGGUUUAACUGGAUCAAGCGAAACGUUGCCCCUUUCCAAUCUCUACUCUUAUCACAGUGAUAGUGCGUCUUCCAUGAAAUCUAGUGAUUAUUAUUCGUUUGUUCCGGCCAUGCCUUCUUGCGUUAAAAGAGUGGAGUUUAGCGGCGAUUCAACAGGGAAAGUGAUAAAGAGCCCUCAACGAACUGUGGUUAAAUUAGCUAAAAUCAGAUAUCAAGGGAUUUGA